UUUUUUUUUUUUUUAUAAAGUGACUUCACCUUUAAUAUUUGGUUAACAGUAGUUGUGUAAUAAUAAGAUGGUCCUUGGGGCAUCUAUUGAAUCAACACUUUGUGUCAUCCUUUCACUGAAUAAUAUCUACAGGAGAAUGCAGGAUGCAAUAAAUGUCACUGCAAGCAUAAAAAGUAUUUGUAUUUAUGAUAAAUAUCUAUGACGACAGGUGACUUCAUUUUGAGGCAGCUUAUUGUGAUUCAUUUCCCUUUAAAAAAAAAAAAACUUUAUCUCAGAGGAUGUAAGAUCAUGUAAAAGCCUACAUUUGUUCAUAUUGAAAAUGAAAGCGAAAAUGUUAUAUUAUUCAGAGGGAGAAGUAAUCCAGUUAAUCUACCUUUCGUCUCCUAUGAGCCUUUCUAAACUAUGCAAUGCCGCCACCUGGUGGCCAUUUAACGUACGUGCGUGAGAAGUCUGCUCAGACUUGGAUCGAACCAAAAACCAUCUCAGGGGAGUCUUUGAAAACAUAAGAACGCUGUGGUUUCGGUUUAUAAUUCCAAAGAAAUAGAUGAAAAAUACACUAAAUUUACAAGUACUUUGUAAGGUUUGUGUAACUAGUAGAUAAUACAAACACGUUAAAUUAAAACAGCAACUGUGGAAUUAACCGGAUAUAAUAUACGACCCCCCCUUUGUGAAAAGUCGCGCGGAAGGAAACAUACAAUACGGGUCUGUCGUUGGUGCAAAUUCCCCGCGAAAGUUACGUCACCCAUAGUUUCGCGCCAGUUCUGUAGUAUUCACACAAACAGAAGAAGAGAUAUCACAGCAACAAUGUCUUCUCCUGCAUCGACACCUCGUGGCCGAAAACGCGGACGGACCAACAAUCCACCUACCCCCAGAAGCGAUGAUCCUACUUCUCCUCCAUCACAGCGGCGCAGAGGUCAGGAUUCCUCCGGCGAUCUGAUGCCCAUGCCCACAUCCCCAGCUGCGGACAUGCUCAGUCCGGCAGCAGCACAGGACACUUCUCUCUUCUCCAGUCCACGUCCCUCAGUCCCACCCAAUGAAGUGGACAUGAGCUCCCCGCUGAUGUAUGGGACCCCCAGCUCCAGGGUUGAAGGGACCCCUCGCAGUGGCGUGCGUGGCACUCCUGCAAGGCAGCGCCCUGAUCUGGGCUCAGCCAGGAAAGCUCCUCAAGUGGAUCUUCAGUCUGAGCCACCAAGUGGUGAUGGCGCACUAACCAGUGAGCCAAACGCUGGCCAGCGAUUGGUAAUUUGGGGCACUGAUGUCAAUGUGGGAACCUGCAAAGAGAAGUUUCAGAGGUUUCUGCAUCGCUUCAUUGACCCGACAUCCACUGAAGAUGAGAACGCAGGUCUGGACUUGAACGAGCCGUUAUACAUGCAGAAGCUAGAAGAGAUCAGCGUUGUCGGUGAUCCUGUGCUGAACGUGAAUUGCCAGCAUGUGCAGUCAUUUGAUGCAGAACUGUACAGGCAACUCAUCUGCUACCCACAGGAAGUGAUCCCGACCUUUGACAUGGCAGUCAACGAGCUUUUCUUUGAGCGUUUCCCAGACUCCGUUCUGGAAUACCAGAUCCAAGUUCGCCCCUACAACGCCCUGAAAACCAGAAACAUGAGGAGCCUCAAUCCAGAAGACAUCGAUCAGCUGAUCACGAUCAGCGGCAUGGUGAUCCGCACCUCUCAGCUCAUCCCUGAAAUGCAGGAGGCUUUCUUCCAGUGCCAGGUGUGCGGCUACAGCACGCGCGUGGAGGUGGAUCGCGGCCGCAUCGCCGAGCCGGCCGUGUGUCGCAACUGCAACAACACCCACAGCCUGGUGCUCAUUCACAAUCGCUCUGUGUUUUCAGAUAAGCAGAUGAUCAAAAUUCAGGAGUCUCCUGAGGAUAUGCCUGCUGGUCAGACCCCACACACAACCGUCGUCUACGCUCACAAUGACCUCGUGGAUAAAGUUCAACCAGGAGACCGCGUGAACAUCACCGGUAUCUACAGAGCCGUGCCGAUGCGCGUGCACCCACGUCAGAGCAACGUGAAGUCUGUCUACAAGACCCACAUAGACGCCAUCCACUUCCGCAAGACGGACGAGAAGCGCCUGCACGGGCUGGACGAUGAGGCCGAACAGAAGCUCUUCACUGAAGACCACGUGCAGGUCCUGAAGGAGCUGGCGGCCAAGCCAGACGUCUACGAGCGCCUCGCCUCUGCUUUGGCGCCGAGCAUCUACGAACACGAAGACAUCAAAAAGGGCAUCCUACUGCAGUUGUUCGGUGGUACUCGGAAGGACUUCAGCCAGACGGGCAGGGGGAACUUCCGUGCAGAGGUUAACAUCCUGCUGUGCGGAGACCCGGGCACCAGCAAGUCUCAGCUUCUGCAGUACGUGUACAACCUGGUGCCACGUGGCCAGUACACGUCGGGGAAAGGCUCCAGCGCCGUUGGGCUCACUGCCUACGUGAUGAAGGACCCGGAGACCAGGCAGCUGGUGCUGCAGACUGGCGCGCUGGUGCUCAGCGAUAACGGCAUCUGCUGCAUCGAUGAGUUUGACAAGAUGAGCGACAACACUCGAUCGGUGCUGCACGAGGUCAUGGAGCAGCAGACUCUCUCCAUCGCCAAGGCUGGGAUUAUUUGCCAGCUCAAUGCCCGCACCGCCGUCCUGGCAGCUGCCAACCCCGUGGAGUCUCAGUGGAAUCCCAAGAAGACCACAAUCGAGAACAUUCAGCUGCCUCACACGCUGCUCUCCAGAUUCGAUCUCAUCUUCCUGAUGCUGGAUCCACAAGAUGAGGCUUACGACCGCAGGCUGGCUCACCACUUGGUGUCGCUGUACUACCAGAGCGAGGAGCAGAUGCAGGAGGAGUUUCUUGACAUGGCCGUGCUGAAGGACUACAUUGCAUAUGCACGAACGUACAUAAGUCCCAGACUGAGCGAGGAAGCCAGUCAGGCCCUCAUUGAGGCCUAUGUGGAUAUGAGGAAGAUUGGCAGUGGGCGGGGCAUGGUGUCUGCCUACCCGAGACAGCUGGAGUCCCUGAUUCGCUUGGCAGAAGCUCACGCCAAGGUGCGUUUCUCUGACAAAGUGGAGACCAUUGACGUGGAGGAGGCCAAGAGGCUCCACCGUGAGGCCCUCAAGCAGUCGGCCACGGACCCCAGGACGGGAUUCGUCGACAUCUCUAUUCUCACCACAGGUAUGAGUGCCACAGCCCGCAAGCGUAAAGAGGAAGUCGCCCAAGCCCUGAAGAAACUGAUCCAGUCCAAGGGGAAGACGCCCACCAUGAAGUACCAGCAGCUGCUGGAUGACCUCCGAGGACAGUCUCCCACUGCCAUCACCAAGGAGCUGUUUGACGAGGCGCUCCAAGCUUUGGCUGAUGAGGAUUAUUUGACCGUCACCGGGAAAACAGUUCGUCUCCUCGCAUAAUGUUCAUCUUGCAGUUCUGGACAUCCCAUAAUAUUACCAGUAGCUCCACUUCUGUAGAUUUAAACAUUUGAACAUCCUGGAUUUUUGAUGCAUUCAGUUUCCCCUACUGGUUUUCAUAAAGAAAAGGAAAACGUGCUGGCAGAUAUAAUUUAAGUGUUUCUGCUCAUUAAUGAGAAUUGCAUUUUCUAAGUAUUACCCUUAAGCCCAGUGUACUCUGAUUGUCCAGCUGGCACAGUUUACUUCUUCUUGGACCAUCAGUGUCCCUUGCUUUGAAUAGCUGUUAAUAAUGUUGAAUAAAAUUGAGUGUUUGAAUGUUAA